AUGCUGUGUCCCGAUCCGAGGCUGGGAGCCGAUUCCACGGUAACUCCACUGCAGAGCCCUCAGAAUAUAGGGUCGAUCAUCGCCCAGUCGAGGAUGUCGAGUGUCAACAACUUCACGGAGUCUGGUUCCGCAUCGACAGUCGACAUGCCCAUCACAGUAAACAAAGAACGCAAACCACGAACGAGCGAAUUUACGCUGGACGACCACUCAUGGCUCGAAAUCUGGUGGGGAAGACGUUGA